CAAGCCGAUGAAAUCGAGAAGCUCAAGACAAAGUUGACUGAUUAUGAGAAUCAAGUGAUGGGAUUGAGACGUCACAAUGACGAAUUGGAUACUCAACUGAAGACAAGUCAAGCCAAGAUCACCACGUUGGAGAACUCGAUCGCGUCGGCUCAGAAGGAAAUUGCUAAACUAACCGAGCUGAACUCGAGAUUACAGAAAGAAAAGAAUGACAUAAUGAGGUCCACUUUGCUAACUCAAACUGCUUUCGCUGAAUUCUAUCCGAUUGAACAAUUAAUUCCAUAG